AACAGUAUGUGACCAUAUAUAUUAUAGGUGAUCUCGCUUGUGUUUACUCAGUUAUUUUUAUCAAGUAGUGUUCUUGAUUUUCCAUAUUUUUUUCCUUCGAAGACCGCCUGCCUGGUACUGAUGAUGACGAAACGUCGUGAAAAAACUACCAGUGAGGACCAGAACACGGAUCAAUAUCUGAAAAACAUAAUAUGUUUUUCAGGUUAUAUUAUAAUACCUAUUAAACAAUAAUUAGACAGUGUUUUUUUUAAUAUAACAUGUCAACUAUCAGUGCUGCCUCUUGAAAGUCUUGAAUUUGACAAACACGUACACUCAUACAGGAAUGGUCAAAUGCUAAUUUAACGUAGCUGGAACUAUUUAACACUUUUAAGUUGGUAAUACCACAACACUGACAGUGAUAGAGAUAGAGUGAGUGACUGACUGACACAAUGAAUGAAUACUUUGGAGUUGUUUAUUGAUAGUUUUCAAAAUGCAAUAUUCAAUGACAAAUAGGAAUUUCUAAUGUAAAUAAACUCCACUCGUGAAAUUUAAUUGAACUGAUGAGUAAAAAGUUACAUAGAUAAUGUCUAAAACUCGUUUGAAACCAGUUUUUGGAGAUUUACCUACAUGCUACAUAUCACAAAGAUUAGAAGAAAGGAAGAACAGAAUAAAAGCCCUGAAGCUUGAACAGAGUCGAAAAACUGAUAAACCUGAAGACUUCAUAACUUAUGAAGACAGUGAUAGUGAUGAUGAACCACCUUCUGUUCAGAAUGAAAUAUUAAAUACUUCCUACAAUUUUGUGGACUAUGUAAGGAAUAGGGAAAUUGGAAACACUAAAUCGAGUUCAGUGAGCAAAGACUAUGGCAGUCGGCACAUUGUAUCACAUGAGAUGUUUCGAGAGACUCCAAUAAGUUUAGGAAAAAUGAAUAAGGUGUUCUGUUCUCAGUGGUUAAGUGAUAGACAGGUUGUCUUUGGAACUAAAUGUAAUAAGCUCAUGAUAUACGAUGUUACGACCCGAAAAAUUGACCAAAUACCAUCAUUAUUGAGUAAAAGAAAUAUGACGGGAACCUAUGACCCAUCUCAACAGUGCGGUAUUCAUUCUAUACAAAUAAAUCCUUCUAGGACUCUUCUAGCAACAGGUGCUAGAAAUACUUGUGAUAUAGCAAUUUAUAGGCUACCGACUUUAGAUCCUGUAUGUGUUGGAGAAAAUGCACAUAAAGAUUGGGUAUUUGAUAUGUGUUGGUUGGAUGACGAGUUUUUGGUUUCUGGAUCAAGAGAUACAAAAAUGGCUUUGUGGAGAGUUACACCAGAUGUGCUUGAAGCUGUAGAUGAAAUACCACGUCAUCGUCAUGUGCAGGCGAUUUCAGUUAAAGAAUGUCGAAGUGCUCAAAAGAUCCGUGCAUUAACGUUCAACAAACAAUACGACGAAUUAGCAGCUAUCAGUCUGAAUUCAUACAUUCAUAUCUGGAAUGUAGAAACUUUCAAGCAGAAACUGUCCAGGAAGCUACCUUCGGCACAGGAAAAUGUCUGUUUAGCAGUUCAAGACUCUGGACUUUAUGCUAUUGGCUGUAGAUCGUAUACUCUUCUACUCGAUUGUAGAACUCUACAGACGGUGAAAAAGAUUCCCUCCAGAUUUACCGGCUGUGGAAUCAGGUCCGCUAGUUUUCAGAGUGACAUACUUACUGUUGGUACAGGCCUUGGAAUUCUGAUGUUCUACGACCUUAAAGCUGGAAAAUACCUUGAAUCUAGCAUUAAUUCAUCAAGGCUAGUUGUUUUGAAAGCUAGUAAAGGUUUUGUGUUACCUGAUGAGGAGUAUGUGGACAACAUUCAACACAUAAAGUAUGUGCCAGCAAUAUAUACACACUGUUACGACACAAGUGGUACGAGACUAUUCACUGCUGGAGGUCCCCUUCCUGCUACUCUUACUGGCAACUAUGCAGGGUUGUGGCAGUAGACGUUCAAAUAGUAUUCAUGAAAAAAUUUGAGUAUAUUUGCGGUGGGCG